UAAAUAUACGUAUUUAAUUUAUACACGAAUAAUGAGCAGAAGCCAGUAUUUGAUUGCAAAAACGCGAUUAAAUAUACAGAAUCAAUCAAGAAGACAACCAAAUCAAUUAGCAAAAGCAAAAGUUUUUUUUUUCCAAUCAAUUAAAGUUUACACGCCUUUACUCCACCAAACUUCCCACCUACUCCAUCAGCUACCCACCACCCUUUGCUCCCCACCAUAUUCGAUUCUUUAAGGCUAUCAUCAGCCCUUUUACUCAUUCCUUAGUUCUUCAACAACCAAAGGAAUGAGAGAUUUCAUUUACUGCUGCCAAACUUCGAACAUCUAUCUCCUCAUUAAAUUCAAUGGCAACAAACAGCCACCAACAACAAGCAAUUACAGGUCAAGCGCGAGAGUAAGAACUACACAAGGAGUUAGAGCACCUUAGCAAAACUUUGCUAUCAGGUUGAGUUGUGAUGGGCGAUGAAGUGUUGCUGAGUGGAGUUUUUGUUGAACUUAAAGAAGGCUCAGAAAGGAUACAUGUCUUCAUACAUGUAUCUCAGUUAUGCAUUCCGCUGUAAACACUGAUUAUUUCAAUUACACCUUCCGUUGCAAACUCUGAUAAUGUUUUAGCCAAGCCCCUAACGAUGCCUUUUUCCUUUUAAGGAAUAUAACGCGUAUACAAGUUCUUUGAGUACCCUUUUUAUGCGAACUAUGCCUUUUUCCUUUUUAAGGAAUAUUUCACGCGUAUCCAAGCUCUUUGAGUAUUCUUUUAUGCACCCCUUUCUAAACCCGCUUCUUAAUUUCCCUUCCCCAGUCAUGGUUUUCCCGGAUUAAUUAUCCUUAAUUAAGGCCGGUCGUGACAGAGUGGUAUCAGAGCAGUUCGUUUGCUCUGAGCCUAAGAGUUUAUUUAAGCCAAACUUAGAAUGGAUCACUAAAGUGUCUAUAAUUCAAUCGACAAAGCUCAGCACUUCAUCGUAUCACACUCAACGAAGCAGAAUGGUAUGCUCUUCCAAGUUUUGAGUUAAUGUUUACAAAAAGUGAAAAUUAUCGUAAUAGCAAAGUGAGUAACUGUUAAUAACUAUGUUAUGUUGUUAUUGAAUGAAAUGAUUUACGCAAGCGCGAUUAAGUAUGCCUAUGGAAUGAAUCCCUAUGAACAUAGAGCUAUUAAGAUAUGAGAUCACCACUACUACAGAACAUAGAAGCAAACAUAGAAGAAAUUAGAUUGUAUCUUUUGGUGGCUAUAGUGAAGGCAGCAAGAUAAGUGAUGCGUAUAGAAUAAUUUUUAAGCUCAUGAUUUUAUAGCCGCUAUAAAUCUCCAUGACUUAUGCCUAAGUAUCCAGUUUAGAUGAUGAGAUAUUAUAUGCUUAAGAAUUGAUAUGACUCAUGGAAAUGAGAUGCUAAGGACCCUUAAAGCUUACUACAUCAAUGUUGUCAUUGGAGUUAUGACUUGUUUACAAGUUAGAAUAAGUUAACCUGUACAAGAAUUCUUUUGAGGCUUGUAUUAGAUUAUGCUAGAGUCUACUAAUUGGCACAUCUUUGCUACCAGAAUGCCGCCUAAGAGAGGACGCCCUGUGAGAAACAAUAACAAUCGCAGAAAUCGUAACGUUGUACCCGAAGAACCACAAGAUGCUCGAGGACAUAACCCACUCCCUUCGCCCCCAACUAGGAGAGUCGAAGAACUCUUUUUAAGGCAAAACCCACCUACGUUUGACGGAACGAGUGAACCGGCUGAAGCUGAGAUUUGGUUGCGUGCAAUGGAACGCAUUUUCAACUUUCUACGUUGUACUGAUGAGGAGCGUCUAUCUUGCGUCUCAUUCCAGCUAACAGGAUCAGCUGAUUUCUGGUGGGAAGCACGACGAAAAAUUUUGACACCUGAACAAUGGGCAAGUUAUACUUGGGAAGAUUUUAAGACAGGAUUAUAUGAUAAAUAUAUUCCGAAAAGCUAUAGGAAGAAGAAAGAAGCUGAGUUCUACGAGUUAAAGCAAGGAAAGAAAUCUGUGGUUGAAUACGACAAAGAAUUCUGCAACCUGUCUAGGUUUGCUCCGCAACAAGUGGACACAGAGGAGAAGAUGGCAGAGAAAUUUUGUGCCGGACUGCGGUACGAAAUUAAGAUGGCUCUAGCAAGCCACGGAGGACUCUCAUACACGGAGUCUCUGAACAGGGCACUUGACAUUGAAGCUGCAAUGCCGUCAGACAAGUCAGCCCCACCGUUGAUCUCAACGCCAAAUGAUCAACCAGUAGCCUCACAUACUCUCAAAGGGAAGCGCAAGUGGGACAACAACGAAGACAAUAUCAAUCAGACUAAUAAGCAAGUAUGGCAAGAAUAUGAACGGGCCGAACAGUUUAUUCAACCAAGGUACGAGGCACAGACUAACCUCGAGCCAACUGGGGAUAGCCAAGGUCAGAGAGGAAUUUCACCUUUCCCAAAUUGCGGUAAGAUGCAUAGGAGUGUUUGUCGAGCUGGGACUAACGGUUGUUACAAUUGUGGCCAAAAAGGUCACUACUCCACGCAAUGCCCCAACAGACAACGAGGUUCAUCAAUUGAGAACACCCAUACCCCCUUGCCAGCAAUACGUGGACACUUGCGAAAUCAGCCUCAAUCACAUCAGUGAAAAUCUUAUGGAGACACCGCAGACAAGAGAAGCUACGCGGGAACUUGAAGACAAGAUGAAGGAAAA